AUGAUGGCGGUAGGAAACAAGACCGAACGAAGCGAGAAAAAGAAGCUCAGGCGGAACCGUGAUUAUGGUUUGCUGCCGAAAUGCUACAAGCAUGGGAGGUUGAACGGAGUCGAGCUGUUUCUUGGCAUCAGGUACACGGAAAAGAACGAACUUUACACAUAUUCAUCGCGGAAACACCUACCCUGGUUAAAUAAUAUUUAUGGAGCUAUGAAACAGCCCAAUGCUACGAACCUUUUGCCUCAGGAUGUGGGUGAAAAGCAGACUCGUGGCAAGAAAGACCUCACCGAUGAUCGGAGCAAGGAAAGCGCAAAAGACACAGAGGACCAAAAGCUUCCGUUCCCUGACCUCCCGAUGUUCAAUUUGAGCGUUCUUACUGGUAGGGUGAGGUAA